ACAGGGAGGAGGAGGAGGGAAAGCCCGGGGCCAGGGCCACAGCGGCGGGUGGGGCCGAGCGAAGGGAAGCCUCUUCGCGAGCCCCCACACCCGCGCGCCUCGGUGGUGCCGGCCGAGGGAAGGGCUCGCGGCUGCGGGGCUCGCGCCGCUGUCAGUGCGGCUGGGCGCGCGAUCGGCGCGGGCGCGGGGCGGCAGAGCUGAAGGAAGCUGAGGGGGCGGUAGCGGCGGUGGCGAUUCCCGCGCUUGUGCUCAGCCUCCUCACGCCGCGGCCGGGGCUGCCUUCUCCCGCACUCUCUCUCGACCCCAAGUGCGGGGGCACCGCCUCCUUCCGCGCCGCUUUCUCCAGACCUCUACGUGCGGGUGAGCCUCGUUCCCAGAGGCAGCUGGUGCUGACCCGUGUAACCCAGAGGAAGAAAUAGCUGGCUAAGCACAGCCUUUGUACUGAGUUAAAGAAGAUAGACCUUCUUAGACAUUCAGAAAGGAGAUUCAGUUGAAGGACCCAGCAGAGCAGGUGGCCACCAUGUCCUUGAAGAUCCAGACAAGCAAUGUGACCAACAAGAAUGACCCCAAAUCCAUCAACUCUCGGGUCUUCAUUGGAAAUCUCAACACAACUGUGGUGAAGAAGUCAGAUGUGGAGACCAUAUUCUCCAAGUAUGGCCGUGUGGCCGGCUGUUCUGUGCACAAGGGCUAUGCCUUUGUCCAGUAUGCCAAUGAGCGCCAUGCCCGGGCAGCUGUGCUGGGAGAGAAUGGGCGGGUGCUGGCCGGGCAGACCCUGGACAUCAACAUGGCUGGAGAGCCCAAGCCCAACAGACCCAAGGGGCUAAAGAGAGCAGCAUCUGCCAUAUACAGUGGCUACAGCUUUGACUAUGAUUACUACCGGGACGACUUCUACGACAGGCUCUUUGACUACCGGGGCCGCCUGUCGCCUGUGCCAGUGCCCAGGGUAGUCCCUGUGAAACGACCCCGGGUCACAGUCCCUUUGGUCCGACGUGCCAAAAAAAACACGCCUGCUAAUCUCUUUGCCCGCUCAGCCAAGAUCAAGUUAAAGAGCAGUGAACUGCAGGCCAUCAAGACAGAGCUGACACAGAUCAAGUCUAAUAUUGAUGCCCUGCUGGGCCGCUUGGAGCAGAUUGCUGAGCAGCAAAAAGCCAAUCCAGAUGGCAAGAAGAAGGGCGACAGCAAUGCUGGCAGUGGCGGUGGUGGCAGCGGCGGUGGCAGUGGCGGUGGCAGUGGCGGUGGUGGUUGCAGUGGCAGUGCUAAUAGUGGCAGCGGCAACCGGCCACCAGCCCCCAAAGAGGACAUACCUUCUGGAGUAGCCAUGCCUCAGGGGGAAACACAGACUCGAGAGGAAGGCGAGGAGGAGGGGCUGCUGACACAUAGUGAGGAAGAGCUGGUUGGAAAAAGGGAAAAUCAGCCAGGGGGAACAGCACAUGGUCUCCAGAGUUCCAGAGAGCAGGACUGGAGUUGCCUGGGGAAGCCACAGGGAGGAGCACAGCCAGGACACAGAUGCGGAGGACGGAGGCUUGCAGUAAGCAGCCUGACAGGAGCAAUGGCCACCAACAGGAGAAAUGCAUCACUGCCCCAGGCCUCAAGCUGGGCACCUACCCUGGAUGCCACCCCCCAGCGGGUACCAGAGGAGAGCUGGCAGCAGGCACCUCCUCCCCCACGCAUCCCAGCCAGUGCCACAUCCUCUCCAGGUGGAGUUUCCAGCCAACCCCUUCCCUGUGCACCCUCCCUGUCUGCCCUGUCCAGUUCAGAGGGCAGAGCACAGGAGUUUCCCCACACUCUGCCUCCCCAGGAUACUCCUAAACUUGGGGUUUUUCUAUAGGUUUGGAGGAGGGGCCCAUGGGGAGGGACCCUGACAAUAAAGAGAUUGGAUCCUAA